AUGUCACAAGUGGAGGUUGCUUCUCCAAAACACCAGCAGGAUGAGCAUGUCGAGUCCAUCGAGGCUGAACAGUCCACCAAGCCUGCUCCUGUAUCUCAAGAUGCCACAGGGGCAAAAAAGAAUGAUGCGCUGCAGCUGAUUGAGGAUAUGGGCUACUCAACUAUCCUCACCCCUGAGAAUAACAAGCAAGUGCUGCGCAAGAUCGAUCUGCGUCUUCUCCCUAUCCUGCUGGCAAUCUACUUUCUCCAACAACUCGACAAAUCAACCCUGUCAUAUGCAUCUGUCUUUGGUCUCAUUGAGAAAGCCCAUCUCCAUGGCAAGAUGUACUCAUGGCUAGGAUCGGUGGUUUACCUGGCUCAGCUAGUCUUCCAGCCCUUGGUGUCCUACCUUUUGGUCAAGGUGCCACUAGGCAAGUUCCUAGCCGUAUCCUGUCUGCUCUGGGGUAUUGCUCUGUCCUGCAUGACUGCCGCGAAUACUUUCGCUAGCCUAUUGGUAUGUCGGCUAUUCUUGGGUAUCUUCGAGGCUGGUAUUGCACCGGCUUUCAUCGCCGUGACCCAAAUGUGGUAUCGACGUCGCGAGCAGCCAAUAAGAUUGGGAUCAUGGUAUGCGAUGAACGGAGUGGUCAACAUGUUUGGAAGUCUCAUAACUUAUGGACUGGGACACAUCAACUCUUCUGUAUUUGAACCAUAUCAGAUUAUCUUCCUUUUUUUCGGACUGAUCACUGUGGGCAUGUCUGCCGCAAUCUUUUUUCUCAUGCCCGAUUCUCCAACUACUGCAAAGUUCCUACCCGAAGAAGAUAAACUGGUGGCGAUCGAAAGACUUCGCAUGAACCAGCAGGGCAUGGAGACGCAUGAAUGGAAAUGGGACCACGUGAAGGAAGCCGCUCUUGACAUCAAGUCAUGGCUUUGGUUUUCCUUGAUGCUUACUAUCUCAAUCCCGAGUGGUGGAAUCACGACUUUCGGCCCAUUGAUUGUAGAAUCCUUCGGAUUCGAUCAACUAAAUACUAUUUUGCUGAAUGUUCCUUUCGGAGCAGUGCAGCUGGUUGCCACAAUGGGUGGCGCUUGGCUAGCUACCUCUUGGAAAAUGAAGAGCCCAGUUCUGGCAUUGCUGUGCCUUCCGCCCAUUGCAGGAUGCUGUAUGCUUUUGAAUCUUCCUCAUGAUGACUCCCACAAGGGACCUCUUCUAGUCGGUUACUAUAUUAUCUCCGUAUACCCUGGAAUCACACCUUUGAUUUACUCAUGGUCCGCCGCCAAUACAGCCGGUGAGACUAAAAAGAAGGUCACCACCGGUAUUCUGAUUGUUGGCCAAUGCGUUGGUAACGUUAUUGGACCAACUCUUUAUACUACGGAAGAAGCACCGCUGUACAAGCGUGGCCUUACCGCAAACCUCGCUCUAUUCUGCGUGCUAAUUGUUUUAAUUUUUUUGAACAUGACUUAUCUGUUUUUCCUUAACAAGAAACACGAAAAACAGCGUGUUGCUGCUGGAAAAGACGCCAAAGUGGUAGAUCACUCGAUGCACGCCGUUGGAGCCGUGGAAACCGAUAAGGAGGGUGCACCCGUCCAGCAAGUAGUCAACGACAACGCCUUUAAGGAUCUGACCGACUGGGCAAACGAGGAUUUUGUCUAUGUAUACUAG